AGUGGGCUCAAAGAUGCUCUUCAACGCCACUGGCCUUCCCCACUUAGCAAUUGGCUCCGCCGCGCAUGCGGCGCUGCAUGGAUCUGCAUCCCAUGGAUGCGCUGGAGCAGUAGCAGGGGACCGGGCGCACUACGACCUCCUGCUGCCCCAAACACCGGACCGCUACACCUUGGAGAAGCUGGCGCGGAGCUCCUCCCCGGGCCCCGCGGCGAGGCGCUUCAUGGUGUCGCUGCAGGAGAGCUGCGGGCGGGAGGACGCCCGCUUCAUCAACUUCCUGGCCCAGUUCGUAAAGAUCGACGUGCUGGGCGCCUGCGCGCGCCUGGUGACCUACAACACCCGCCACGCCCGGGACCUGAUGCGCCUGAAGAAGGUGCGCCCGCAGAUCUUGGAGCGCUACAAGUUUGCCCUCCUCAGCGACAGCGCGGCCUUGGGGGACUGGGGUGCCGGGCCCAACACCAACCUCUGGCGGAUCCUGGCGGCAGGGGCUGUGCCUGUGUACUGGGGCAGCCCUACCAUGGGCCGCUUUCUGCCCCGCGGCUCCGCCAUCGAUGCGCUCGACUUCAGCUCCCCGUUGGCGUUGGCGGCGAAGUUGCAGGAGCUGACGAACGACUCAGAGGAUCACUUCUUACAGCUCAACGUCUGGCGGCAACUCAACGCCACAGCGCCCUUGAGCCUUGGUGCCGCUCUGGAGAGCCAGUCCCCGCCCCUCAGCCAGGACUCGCUGGCCGCCUUGGCCGCGUCCAGGCUCCGGUCCAGUCCUGCGGAGCCGAGGUUCUGCUCGGAGACGUGGGCGCUGGAGCAGCGGUGGCUGCGCGAGUGCUACGGCAUGCUGCCCGCCUGGGUGCAGUCCUUUGACCACCACACCUUGACGGCAACCUUUGAGCGCGGGAGUGACGGGCUUCGCAUCGAGAUAGCGGGGGGGCAGGACGCUCUCUCCGUCUUCGUCCCCACGGCCCCCGCUGCUCCGCGCGAGCUGGCGCCUGUGGGGCCGCGGCUGGGGGCGCAGUGGGCGGCGCUGGCGCCGCUGCUGGGGCAGCGGGAGCUCUUUGCGGAGGCCUCUGUGCUGCAGCUGGGCUUCACCCCAGAGGACGCGGUGCCUUUGGCCGCGCUGGGCGCCUUGGCCUUCGGCGCCGCCAAGGCGCUGCUGGCGGCGCCCCGCUGGGCGCAGCCCGCGCUGCGCGGCCUCGGCGAGGCGGUGCCGGGCUUCAAAGCGGCCCAGGACGAGGACUUCAGAAGCGGGGCGGAGAUGGAGGUGAGCUUUUGGCUGGAGGCCGGUCGAAACGAGUUCCUCAAGGGCGACGUGGUCUUCGUCUUGGGGGACACGCUCCGCAUUUCACUGCAAUGUUUGGGCCUGCCGUUGCAGCA